CUGCAGCAAGUCAGACAGAAAACAGAAAAGAGCUGAGUGAGCCGGGAGGGGCUCCUUGAAGGAAAAAUUGCCACCGCCGGCAUUCCUGCGAUUUAGAACUCCGGAAUACGCGUUUCUGUCCGUUCGUAGAAUUUUGGGAGCUGGGUCCAGAGAACGUCCGCGUUGCCCGGAUUUGCACUGAUUAUUGAUCGCCGGGAGAAGGGAAGCACUGACGAGCACUACUGGCUUGAAACCGGUCCCCCUCUCUCUCUCCCUUACCAAUCCUACCCUUUCCGUAGUUUCUCCCUUUGUCUGAUCUUCCUGAUCCCCGAGACUGCAAGAUAUCAAAGAUGCCUAGUUCGCUGUUUGCCGACAUGGAGAGGAAUGGGAGCAACCAGGGGGACGCCCUGGACGACCAAAGAGCCCUACAGAUAGCACUGGACCAGCUUUCUUUGCUCGGCUUGGACAACGAUGACAAUUCCAUCUACGACAACGAGCCAAGGAAAAAGAGCGUGAACAUGACCGAAUGUGUCCCGGUUCCUAGCUCGGAGCAUGUUGCCGAAAUCGUUGGCAGACAAGGUUGCAAAAUCAAAGCCUUGCGAGCAAAGACCAACACCUAUAUCAAGACUCCAGUGCGCGGGGAGGAACCAGUCUUUGUUGUGACAGGCAGAAGGGAGGAUGUGGCGAUGGCUAGAAGGGAGAUCAUCUCGGCUGCUGAGCAUUUCUCCAUGAUCCGAGCCUCCAGGAACAAAAACACCAGCCUGAAUGGGAGUGGCACAGUGCCUGGGCCGCCAAACCUCCCGGGACAGACCACCAUUCAGGUGCGGGUGCCCUACAGGGUGGUGGGCUUGGUGGUGGGGCCCAAGGGAGCGACCAUCAAGCGCAUCCAGCAGCAGACGCACACCUACAUUGUCACGCCCAGCCGCGACAAGGAGCCGGUGUUCGAGGUGACAGGCAUGCCGGAGAACGUGGACCGCGCCAGGGAGGAGAUUGAAGCACACAUCGCCAUGCGCACCGGGGGCCUCAUUGAGCUGACGGAUGAGAAUGACUUCCACGCCAACGGCACCGACGUCGGCUUCGACCUGCAUGGCCAUGGGAGCCUGUGGAGCAAGCCUACCUCCAGCGUGACCCCCACCUCAGGGCGCAAGCCCUUCUCCAACUACCGCAAUGACAGCUCCAGCUCCCUGGGCAGCGCCUCCACCGACUCCUACUUUGGCAACAACAGCGGCUCCAGGCUGGCCGACUACAGCCCCCCAAGCCCCGCGCUGAGCUACACCGCCUCCAACAACGGCAACAACAACAACAACGUCAACGUGAAUGGCAAUGGCAACGGAUUUGUCUAUGGGAGCGACGUCAUUUCGCCCGAUUGCACUGACUUGGCUUUCGAGUCCUCGCCGGGGUUCGAUGCCACCCCGGCCCCUCCUGGCCUGGUCUGGUCGCAGUACGACCGCGGCGUUGCCCCCUCUGGCGGCUCCACCUCCGCCAUCUUUGCCGCCAAUGCUUCCGCCAACGCCAACGGGAUGAUUGUGAACCAGAGGCGGGCCAACGGCGUGGGCUGCACCGCCCAGCCCAGGCUGUCCCCACCCCUGCACCAUGUCAAUGGGGCCUCUGAGCACCCGCUGGCCCGCAGAGUGCGCAGCGACCCCGGGGGCGGCACCCUCAGUUUCCCCGGCUACUCCCCAGGCAGCCUGUCCAACGGCAUCGCCUCCCUCUCGGGCCCCCACCUGCCUGGGGUGCCCUCCGACUCCUCCGCCUCCUCAUCCUCCAGCUCCUCGUCCAGCUCCUCCUCGGGCACCAGCAGGAAGGGCAGCCGGGACUGCUCGGUGUGCUUCGAGAGCGAGGUCAUCGCCGCCCUCGUCCCCUGCGGCCACAACCUGUUCUGCAUGGAGUGUGCGAAUCGUAUCUGUGAGAAAAAUGAGCCCAAAUGUCCUGUCUGUCACGCUGCAGUUACUCAGGCUAUACGUAUAUUUUCAUAAGAUGUAUCCCAGCUCUGACAGCAAACAGCCACAAACUCUUAUACUGCAUUAUAAAGACAUAAUAACACAUGUAUGUACGUAAAUUGUACAUAUACAUAUGUAUGUAAAGCUGCAGUAUCCAAAAAGGGACACCCUUCAGGGCUCCAUUGUCAUUGUUUAUAAUGUACUGUAGCGUGGGAAAAUAUUUUCAACAUCUAAUGCAUGUUCUAAAUAUUAAAGCAUAGUAAUUAAUAGUUCUAGUAAACUGUACACAAUAUUUAUGAAGUCACAAAAGUGAGAGCGAGCAAGUCUGAGGUACUUAAAUCAUGUUAGUUACAGACAGGAAGGAAGACACCCCCUCCAGUUUCACUGCUCGAAUGUACUGGUAGCAGAGCCAAUGCUUGAGGACUUUGUAGGGCUUUAAGAAAACAGGAUUAUUGAUUUUAAAAGGAAAGAUACUGCAGCUUAAGUUCAAAAGAACAGUAAUGGGAA